AUGACAGGUCUUGUAAAUUAUAGUGACUCAGAUGAUGAUACAAUAACAUGUUUUGAAAAGAAUGCACGGAAAUCACUUAAGAGAAAGGAAUUGAAUGGUGUAUCUGGUUUAUUUUCAUCUUCUAUAUCUUCUUUAACAAAAGAAAAUAUUCGGAAACUUCCGAAAAUCAAUAAGGAAUAUGAGUUUGAUGAGCCAGAAAAAACAGGUAUUUCUAACAGUAGUGCAGAAGAAAAGCAUUUAGGGUUCUCUUCAUUGCUCCCAGCACCUAAAAAUAAUUUAAAAAUGGUUCGUUUAUUCAAAAAUACUGAAACCGGAAAAUCUGAUACGAAACGCAUAUAUAUUUCUCACUCAAUAACAAAAGAUAAGGAAGAUGAACAUAAAGAGAAUGAUGUAGAUGAUUUUCAAUCAAAAGUUUCUUUUUUUCCUUUGAACAUGGAAAAACCAGAUAUAGAUGAAUAUGAACAAAUGAAGUCUGAUUCUUCGUUUUAUGUUCCAAUUUUUGUAAAGAAAAAUGAUUAUUUAGCUUCAAAAAGAAAUAGUGAUCUUUAUAAUGUAAAAUUAAAUGAAAAAAAUCUGCCAAAUGUUCAUUACAAUGAAUUAUAUCGUGUAGAUGAAGAUCAGGAUUUUUUGGAACAUACAUAUUUGUUAGAUAAGGAGGAAAAAGAGGUUUCUCGUAAAGAAAAGGAUAUCGAAUCGAUGAGAAUUUAUGGAAAGCGCAGAACGGAGCAAGGUCCUAUUAAUUUUUUGGAAGUAAAUGCUGAAGAGGAAUAUAAUACAAAUGAGAUGAUGAAAAAGCAAGGUUUAUUAGUAGAAGCUCCUCAACCAAUACGAUCGAUUGGUGCAGGAAGACACCAAAUUACAACUUUACUGAACUCUGCAAUAUCUCAAAGAGAAGUUUUCGAAGAGUCAUUUGCUGCGAAUAAAGAGAUUAAAAGACAAUCUGGAAAAAAAUAUGGAUUUUGA